CUGUAAGAGCUAAUUCUGAUCAAUUCUUCAUCUCCCUGAUCUUGUUGAUUUCAGCUUUUGAUAAUUGCAUCAAACCCUUUUCAGGUUUAGAUUCUUUCGUCUAGCUUGCAACACCAGUCUUUCGCAAACUUUGUCAUCUGGAAACAACAUGGGGAAUCUCCGCGACGCCUCAUUUUCUUCUUAUCUGAACGGUGCAGAGGAAACAUUUGUUCGUAAACUUACUGUGUCAAGUGGAAAUCUGGGGCCUAUCGUGACCACUGAAGAUCAGAAAACUCACGUUGGAAGAACAAAGGAGGAUGAGGAAGAAAUUGGAGUAUUUGGUGCCGAGAAGUACUUCAAAGGAGGAAUGGAUGAGGAUACCCCAAUAACUACCAGCAUGAGUGCAAGGUCGAAGUACCAAUACAAGAACGAUGAACAUGUUGAUCUAGACACAAAGAAGUGCAGAGUUCAGCCUGGAACUCCGAGUGUUCAGUCUGAAUCAAGUUGGAACAGCCAAAGCGCGUUACUCCAGAGUGGUGUAAGAAAUCCUUCGAGGGCUAACACAAACAAGGGACGUGGAAAGAAGAUUCUUGCAGGUCUUGGCUGCUCUACAUGUUCUGAUAAAGAUUCUGUCGAAAUUAAAGAACAUGUUGGUGAAAUCAGGUUCAACAAAAGUGCUACCGCUGAUGCAGUCCAAGGCAAAGCACUCGGCAAAAAAGAGCCCAGGAAAACUGGCCUAGACCUUGUUGAAGCAGCUCGAGCACAUAAAUCUCUCCUGGACUAUAAGGUCAAGGAAGAUAUUCACUGCCCGAAAUUGGAUAAUUUGGGAACUGGAUCGAGCAGAGAAAACUGUUUUAGCUUCCCAACUUCAAAUUCCGGGGCGAGAACUCUACCUACAAAGUUGCAAUUUCCACAAGGGGAAGAAGAAAAGCAGCGAAAGUCAAUAGACGUGUUUGGUUCCCCCGUAAUGGGAAAGAGAAACAAGUCAUUACGCAUUGAGAGGAGGCUAACAAUGCUGUCUUGGGAUGCCACUCCAAGAAUGGAAGACAUCGAAUUAUCUGCACAAACGGGUGGAACCUUGUACAAUGAUACUGAGAGUGAUGCAAGUUCAGACUUGUUUGAGAUAGAGAGCAUCACAGGCAAAGCCAACCCAUUUCUUGCAAGACAACCUUCAGAUGCCACGUCAGGCUGUGUCACCCCUACAAACUGUUAUGCACCAAGCGAGGCAAGCAUAGACUGGAGUGUAGUCACAGCCAGUGCUGCAGAUUUCUCGGCGAUGUCAGAUUGUGAAGAGCUGAGGUCAACGACCAUGAAAAGUCCAAGAAAGCCAAUUUCAACAGUUCCUAAUGCCAAAACUAAUGCUAACAAAGAGAUACAGCGCCGCCGUUCAGGUAUCUUGUCUGGUUGCAAGAGUCACAAAGCUGUGAGAGUUGCUGGAGAUGUCUACAGGACGAAUCAUGAAAAUGCAGAUCAUGUUUACCCACAAAUGAGUCGUAGGUCAGAUUCCUUCAUUCCUGUGACAAGGUUUCAAGCUGAGAGUAAGUCGAACAGUUUUAAUUCCAGGUCAGGGCAACCUGCCUUUGCGGCACACUCACUCUCCCGGUCACAGUCGCCUUGUGCUCCACAUCCUUUGUACAUUCAGUGAUCUAGCUAGUUCUUCUGUUUUUUUCAUAAGUAUGCUUUAAUUAUAUGUUUUGUACUGUGCACGAAUCUCGUACCAUUAGCGUUAAAUUCUGUCAGGUGUUACUGUUUUCCUCUUUUUAA